AUGUUGUUAUGGGCCAAGUCCUUUAUGCAACAACUUUGGCAACAGUCCGUAGACUGGGACACUCCUCUUCCUUCAAAUUUAAGUAUCAUUUGGCAUCAAUUCUUGGCCGAACUGCCGUCUUUAUCGAGGAUAGCACUCAUUCGUCAUAUUGACACUCGUGACUACCGUGAUGUACAACUCAUCGGCUUUGCCGAUGCUUCCCAAUUAGGGUACGCUGCGACCGUAUACAUACGUGUGGUCAGUUCCUCGGAGAGAGUACAGGUACAUUUUCUUACAGGCAAAACGAAGGUCGCCCCACUGAAGAACAGCGACACGGACAUGACACUUACGAUUCCUCGGUUGGAAUUAUGCGCGACAUUGUUAUUGGCACAACUGUUACAUUGUCUUCAUAUGAAACUAUCUCCUACCGUCAGCAUUUCGAAGAUACAAGCUUGGACUGAUUCGUCCGUGGUAUUGUUGUGGCUUACGACUGAUCAAAAGAGUUUCAAAAUUUUUGUAACAAACCGUGUAGCAAAAAUUCAUCUUCUGGUCCCAAAUUGCGUGUGGUCACACGUCUCCACAAUCGAGAAUCCAGCUGAUCCAUCAUCGCGGGGAUUGUUACCUGAAGCUCUCAUUUCGUGUGCACUGCAUUGGAACGGACCUUCGUUUCUCCGUCUUCCCGAACACCAAUGGCCGAAAUCUAAAUUCUCUGUGAUCCCUGUUCACCACCUUCCUGAUGUCAAACCUGCUGUUGCCGCUGUCAACCUUGUCCAGAAAGGUCCACAGGCUGAUUGUUUUCUCCGUCGAUUUUCAUCGUUUAACCAGUUACAGCGUGUGUUAGUUUACGUCUUGCGUUAUAUUUACCGCGUCAUAAUGAAACGAUCUACUAUAGUCGGUGUCAUCACAUUCGCGGAACGACAGCGUGCAGUUCUUGUCGCGAUCCGUAUCACUCAACGUGUUCACUUUCCAGUCUUGUUCAAACAAUUGGCUAAUCCCGAACGUUUAGUGACACCAUCAACACUGGCUCAAUUAGCCCCCUUCAUAGAUGUUUUAGGUAUAAUCCGAGUAGGCGGAAGGCUUCAAAGUUCUUGGUUGACCGAAGAGGCGAAACAUCCCAGCCUCCUGCCCAAGUCGUCUCAUUUAACGGCAUUGAUCAUCAACCAUUAUCAUUUAACCUUUUUACAUGCGGGGCCAAAGUUGGUCAUUUCUAUGUUGAGACAAAGGUUUUGGAUAAUGUCUGGUCGAGAUUCUGUACGUCGUAUGAUAUUCUCGUGCUUACCUUGUACUCGACACAAGGCGCAAAAUCCUAUUCCAAGCAUGGGGAGGUUGCUGGAGUCGCGAGUUCAACCACACCGCGUCUUUUCCAAGGUAGGUUUGGACUUCGGUGGACCGUUCUUAGUAAAAGAACGUAAGCGGCGCAAUAUUCGAACUACCAAAGUGUACAUCUCUGUUUUUAUAUGCAUGGCUGUCAAAGCCAUUCAUGUCGAGGUAGUGUCAGACCUCACAACUGAAGCAUUCCUCGCAGCGCUGGAUAGAUUUGUUUCUCGUCGAGGUUUGCCCACAGAUCUAUACUCAUAUUGCGGCACGAACUACGUCGGUGCUGCCAGGCAAUUGCAAACAUUACUUGCUGACAACGAAGUGCAAAACCGGCUGUCUUCUCGAAUCGAGUGUAACUGGCAUUUUAAUCCUCCAGCCGCACCGCACUUCGGUGGGCUGUGGGAAGCAGCAAUAAAAAGUAUAAAGUUCCACCUUAAGCUUGUUAUAGGAACUCAAAUAUUAACAUACGAAGAGUUUCAAACUGUCGUCACCAGGGUGGAAGGCGUCCUAAACUCAAGACCGUUGACACCAGCUUCUACUGACCCCCAUGAUCUUGAUGCCCUGACUCCUGGACACUUCCUCAUUGGCCAACCCCUGUCGUCGAUCCCAGAAAAGGAUGUCACUUCUGUACCCUUAAAUCGAUUGACACGAUGGCAAUUAUUGCGUCAACUGCAUCAAUCUUUUUGGAAGCGAUGGCAACGGGAAUACCUCACUACCUUGCAGGCCCGUCAGAAAUGGACGAAGGUGUCGGACAAUCUCGCAGUAGGUGAUGUAGUAAUCAUUGACGCUCCAAACCAGCCACCUUAUGUUUGGCGUAUGGGUCGCGUCAUCGCCGUCCAUCCAGGGCCCGACCAGAUAGUUCGUGUGGUCACUUUAAAAACUCAAGAUGGAGAAAUGCAGCGUCCUGUGGUCAAACUGGUCAAGCUUCCGGUUGACACAACAACUUCCUAACCUCUCCAUUCACUAUCCCAUUCAAAAAAAAAUCUUUCGUGAACAUCCUGCCGAUCCUUGUAAUUUGUAGUGUUUUGUUCAUAGUUAUUUUAUUUUAUUUUUAUGUUUUGUAAGUAACUUUAAGAUUGACCGCAAGAAGUCUGUUCUUUUGGAAGGUACCUGCGUCUUCCAAGGUGGGGAGAAAUGUUGGGUACGUUAUUAUCAGCGCCGUCGAA